AUGGAUGACCUUUACGACGAGUUUGGUAACUUUAUUGGGGAGGCCGAGUCCGAUGAAGAAGUCCAGACGAACGGAGAGGCGGCGGACGCCUAUGUCCUCGAUGAUGACGAGCCCGAGGACGCUGAGGUGAACGACCAGCAGCUUAUGGAGAUUGAUGAGGGCCCAUCGAAUGCCGUUGUUCUCCACGAGGACAAGCAAUACUACCCCUCGGCGGCCGACGUUUACGGCGACGAUGUCGAAGUUUUGGUGCAGGAGGAGGACACACAGUCGCUGGCGCAGCCCAUCAUUGCGCCAAUCGUGCAGAAGAAGUUCACAGUGCAGGAGACAGACCUGCCGCCUGUGCACUAUUCGAGGGAGCUUUUGACCGACUUGAUGAACUUCCCGGACCAAAUACGAAACAUUGCGAUUGCCGGUCACUUGCAUCACGGAAAGACUGCGUUCAUGGACAUGCUAGUUAUGGAGACACACGACAUCCAGGAUCGACUGGACUACAAGAAGGGCAAGAAGAGGGAGGAGCAAUUGCGAUACACAGAUGUACACAUUCUCGAGCGCGAACGAGGCCUGUCGAUCAAAGCGGCGCCAAUGAGUCUGGUCUUACAGAACACCAAGUCGAAGUCGCAUCUUUUCAACAUUCUGGACACACCCGGGCACGUCAACUUUGCAGAUGAGGUUGCUUCUUCUUUGCGCCUGGUUGACGGAGUCGUCUUGGUUGUGGACGUUGUGGAAGGUGUCCAGGUCAACACGGAGCAGAUCAUCAAGCAUGCGGUGCUGGAAGAUCUCCCCCUGACACUCGUGAUCAACAAGAUGGACCGCCUGAUUUUGGAGCUCAAGCUCCCACCAAAGGACGCCUACUUUAAGAUCAAGCAUGUUAUUGAGGAGGUCAACACAGUGAUUGAGAACACAAUCCCCGGACGCGGAGAGAGCAGACGGGUCAGCCCUGAGAAGGGCAACGUCGCAUUCGCGUGCACAAGCAUGCGGUGGUGCUUCACCAUCCAGUCUUUCGCAAAGAUGUACUCAGACUUCUACCCGGGACCCUCGAGAUUGCCGGGCUUUGGAGUGCCGAUGAAGGGCUUGGAUGUCGACAAGUUCGCCAUGCGACUCUGGGGUGAUAUCUUCUACAACCCGGGCAGCCGCAAGUUCAGCCGCAAAGCACAGGAGGAGGGCGCACAGCGGUCAUUCGUACAUUGGAUUCUGGAACCGGUCUACAAGCUCUACUCCCACACUCUUAGUGAGAGCUCAGCCGAUCUCAAGGACACUCUCAACUCCCUGGGUAUCAACUUGAAGCCGUCCGAGUACAAGACCGAUGCAAAGGAGCUUAUGCGACUGGUCUGCCAGCAGUACUUUGGGCCAUCCUCAGGUUUCGUCGACAUGAUCACUCAGCAUGUUCCGUCACCGGCCGAAGGUGCGAAGAGAUUGCUCCAAAGACACUACACCGGACCCCUGGACUCGAAGACUGCUGAAGCCAUGGAGAAGUGUGACCAGGAUGGCCCUCUCGUCGUACAUGUCACAAAGCUAUUUAACGCUACGGAUGCAAAGUCUUUCACAGCGCUGGGACGAGUCAUGAGCGGUAUUGCAAAAUCUCCCCAGUCGGUGCGCGUUCUUGGUGAAGGCUACACGAUCGAAGACGAGGAAGACAUGGUCGUUGCAACCAUCACAGACACGUGGAUUGCCGAAUCAAGAUACAACGUACCCGUUAGCGGUGUGCCGGCAGGAAACUGGGUGCUCCUUGGUGGUGUCGACAACUCGAUCGUUAAGACAGCGACGAUCGUCGCUUCGAAGCUGCCUGACGAUGAAGAAGCGUACAUCUUCCGACCCAUCCGACACUUCUUUGAAUCUGUUUUCAAGGUGGCGGUGGAGCCUAUCAAUCCCUCUGAGUUACCCAAGAUGCUGGACGGUCUCCGCAAGAUCAACAAGUCGUACCCUCUCAUUACUACCAAGGUUGAAGAGUCAGGAGAACACGUCGUUCUCGGCACGGGCGAGCUGUACAUGGACUGCGUUCUGCACGACCUGCGGCGACUAUACGCUGACAUGGAGAUAAAGGUGUCGGAUCCUGUGACCAGGUUCUGUGAGACCGUUGUCGAAAUGUCUGCGAUCAAGUGCUAUGCCAUGACACCAAACAAGAAGAACAAGCUCACCAUGAUUGCUGAGCCGCUAGACCCUGGUAUCGCUGAAGACAUCGAAGCUGGCAAGGUCAACAUCAAGGAUCCUGUCCGUGUAGUCGGCAAGUUCUUCGAAGAGAACUACGGCUACGACCUGCUCGCAUCGCGCAACAUCUGGGCAUUUGGUCCGGACGACAUGAGUGCUAACAUCCUGCAAAACGACACUAUACCCUCGGAAGUCGACGCAAAAACACUGCGCACAGUCCGCGACACGUUACGGCAGGGUUUCAGCUGGGCGACGCGCGAAGGACCGCUCUGUGAAGAGCCAAUUCGCAAUACCAAAUUCCGCAUCACGGACGUCGAGCUUGCGUCUGAAGCCAUCUUCCGGGGUGGCGGUCAGAUCAUCCCUACCAGUCGGCGAGCCUGCUACUCGAGCUUCCUCAUGGCCAGUCCGAGGUUGAUGGAGCCGGUAUACUCCUGUAGCAUGACUGGUCCUGCAGACACUAAGAGCAGUCUAUACACAGUGCUCGCCAGGAGAAGAGGACACGUGCUGCAGGAUGGGCCAAUUGCUGGGACACCGCUGUACAAUGUUCGGGGUCUCAUUCCGGUCAUCGACUCUUUUGGUUUCGAGACUGAUCUGAGGAUCCAUACUCAAGGCCAAGUAUCCCUGUCCCUCGUCUUUGACCGCUGGUCCAUCGUGCCUGGCGACCCACUCGAUAAGGAGAUCAAGCUGCGACCCCUCGAGCCUGCAACCGCACAGGCACUUGCCCGAGACUUCGUCCUCAAGACAAGAAGAAGAAAGGGUUUGGCCGAGGAUGUUACAAUUAGCAAGUUCCUCGAACCAGAGCUCUUCAGGAGCCUGAAGGAGAGCGGCGUACUCGACGGUUAG